GGUCUCUCAAUGCUGGUGUUAGGACUGAACCCUUCACACUUACAUCAGUGGCUCUGAGAGCUUUGCAUUUAUGGACUAGUUAGAACAUUAAAUUUUGUCUAAAAAUGGGAGCAAAUUCCAGUGCCAUCUAGUAUCAGUGUAAUUGCAUAAAGUAUAGAAAGCAAAAGUUCAGGGAGGAUGUAAUCUCAAGGACAAUCCUUUAAAUUCUAGAGCUCGAACUUGGUAGGGAAAAAGUCCACUUUAUUCUGAUUUAUCUUGUUUUUCUGUGGAGCAAUGACAGCACACAAGUCUGCAGAGCUGUGUUUGGGAACCACCGAGCACCUGCAAUGUGCUACAUAGUGUGAUUUGGAAAAUUGCCAUAGACUUGGGUUGCUAUUUUAUCUGUCUCUGCUCUCAGUCAAGUAAAGAAGGGAUAGAGGGAAAACAAUCUAAAAUAAUGGAUUCUUUCUUUAAUUUUUUUUACUUUAAGUUUAUUUAUUUUGGGGGGAGAGAGAGAACCGGGGAGAGGUAGAGAGAAGGAGAGGGAGUCCCAAGCAGUCCCUUAAGCACAGAGCCCAACAUGGGACUUGAAUCCAUGAACCCUGAGAUCAGGACCUGAGCCGAAAUGAAGAGUCGGAUCCUUAUCCGACUGAGCCACCCAGGUGCCUCUAAAAUAAUCCAUGCUUAACUGUGAGUCAUAAUGUCACAGCUUCCAGUUUGUUAAAUUUGUGCUCAAUAAUCUAAAGUGGAGUGUGAAAGGGGGACAGAGGGAGUAUAUUUCUACAUGAUUGUGUCUUUUGAAUUUCAGAUGAGGUUCUAUAUGUGUCUUCUAACAUUGAGAAGCCUGCCAUCGAUGAGCCUCCAAUAGUUAUUUCUGAUGAUGAUAGUGAUUUCGAGGGCCCCAUGAUGAUCAUAGAUGACAAUUUGUGUGGUCAGGGCCAAAGCUCCUCAAAUGAAAAAGAGAUGGAGGCCUUUGAUGUCUGCCAGCACAAUUCAUCUGCUGGUGUUGCUGAGCUGGGCGGUGGUGAAAAUCUCUGCCCACCGCCAGGUGUUGCUGAGACUGAGGUCGAGAUUCCAAAUGAAGAGCCAGCACCUGUGGUGGAGCAACCAAGGAAAAGGAAGAGCAAAACCAAAAAUAUAUGUGUGGUGCCCGCUGUUACAGCACCAAAAACACGUGGGCCUUCAAAGAAGUUUGCUUCUAAGAGGAAGCCCCAUGCAGCAAAAUGUGACAAAAGCCAUACUGGGCAUUCCAUUUGUGAAAUACCUGGAUGUUUCUUGCAUGACGUGGAAAAGGCAAAGCCGUAUUCUGGAAGGAAGUUCAAGAAAAAUAAGGACAUCCUGGUUCAGGAAAUGUACAGUCUGUUUAACAGAUCUGUCUUUGACAAAAAGCUGCCAGAGAAAAUCGAUAUCGGCUGGAAUAAGAAGAUGCUGAGAACUGCUGGCUUGUGCACCACUGGCGAGACACGGUACCCGAAGAAGGAGCGUUACGCGAAGAUCCAGAUUUCUCUGAAAGUCUGCGACUCCGCAGACCGCCUUCGGGAUACUUUGAUCCAUGAAAUCUGCCACGCGGCCUCCUGGCUGAUUGAUGGUGUUCGUGAUUCUCAUGGUGACUCAUGGAAGUUUUAUGCCAAAAAAUCGAACCUGGUGCACCCAGAGCUGCCCGUGGUCACCCGUUGCCAUAACUACAAGAUUAACUACAAGAUUCAUUAUGAAUGCACUCAGUGCAAAGCCAGAGUCGGCCGCUACACCAAAUCAUUGAACACCGACCGCUUUAUCUGUGCCAAGUGCAAGGGGACUCUGGUCAUGCUGCCGCUAACUCGUAAGGAUGGGACCCCCAUUGCGCCCCAUGUGAGACCAUUUGCCAAGUAUGUGCAGGAGAAUUAUAGAUUGGUUAAGCAGUCAGCGGAAGGGCUAAGCCAUGGCGAUGUGAUGAGACAGCUCAGCAAGGAUUAUGCCCUUAAGCACAAGCGAAAUCCUUAAGGUUAUCUGAGACUAUACUUGUGCGAGCUGAGUCCUCCACUGCUAAGAAGUUUUAGAAAACAUUUGUUUCUGCAAUGAAUACUAGGAUUUAAGUGCGUUUUUAUAGCUUCAUACUGUAGUGAUGAUUGUUCUUAACUAAGGAUUCUGUUGGUAACCAUUCCGUGCCUUUGACAGUACUCAGAAGCCCUUUGGGUCCACCUUGGGUGUUACUUAGACUCCAUAGUUUUAAGACAUAGAACAAAAUACAGUAAGAGAAGCACAUAGUUUUAAGAUUAAGACAUAGAACAAGAUACAAUAAGAGAAACCCAUAGUGUUAAGACGUAGAAUAAGAUAUAGUAAGAAAAACCCAUAGUGUUAAGACCAUAGUUUUAAGAUUAAGAUGUAGAGGGGUGCCUGGGUGACUCAGUCGGUUGAGCAUCCGACUUCGGCUCAGGUCAUGAUCUCAUGGUUUGUGAGUUUGAGCCCCGUGUCAGGCUCUGUGCUGACAGCUCAAAGCCUGGAGCCUGCUUCGGAUUCUGUGUCUCCCUCUCUCUCUAUCCCUCACCUGCUUGCGUGCUCUGUCUCUUUCUCAAAAAUAAAUACAUUAAAAAAUAUUUAAAAAAAGAUUGAGAUGUAGAAUAAGAUACACUAAGAGAAACCCAUAGUGUUAAGACCAUAGUUUUAAGAUUAAGAGGUAGAACACAUACAGUAGGAGAAACAUAGUUUUAAGAUGUAGAACAAAAUGCAAUAAGAGAAAUGCUUGUUCAAGAGUGGCAGGUUGAGAAAAGGAGAAUAGCGCUGGGAAGUGAACCAGAUUCAAAGGUGGCCCUCCAAAACCCGGGCUGCUGGCAGGUGGAACCUGUUAUACCUACUUAGAAAUAAGAGACAGACAUGUCUCAUGAAUUGAGUUGUUCUUGAUGUUGAAUAAAGCCAUGUAAGCCAGUGUAGCUGUUCAUAAGAUUAGAAAAAUAAAUAAACUGUUUUCUGCAA